AUGUCCAACUCUCACGUGGAACCGUCGAGCCUUCCGAACAUCGGAACUCUUUACAAACAGCUCGGACUCACGACUCCAAGCGAUCAGAACAAGAUCAGAGCGAAGUUGAAAAAAACCAUCAAAUCGUAUGUGUCCACAAGAAGUCUGAAAUGCGAAGACUUUACCAAGUGGCACUUGCCCGAACAUCAGGGUGAAAUUCGUGGCGUUGUAGAAGCCUUUCUAGACAGCCACGCAGCAUGGUUGUGGCCCUCCGACGAAUAUGCAUCACAGAACCACAAACUGCAGUACCCUAAAGACAAGGAUAUAAUUGGAGAGACGAUCUUCCGAGUUGUCUGUCGCCAGAGUUACUGGGCAGUGAGAUACUCCAGUCAGCAAGGAAAGCAGAAGACAAGGUCGAUGGACUACCAGGACUUCGAAGACGAAGAAGAUAGCGAUCUAAGUCCAGGAAACUUAGAUCGCACACUGAAGGGCUUCUCCAGCCGCGUUGGGGGCGGGCACCUUGAGACCAUACAUGUUGCGUCUGUAGCCACCGCGGCAAUCCUGCAUCCAACACGCAUGGAAGCAUCGUUACACGAGUCUGCGAAGCGACAUGCGUCCUCUGAUGACCCCCCUGAAAAACGGAUUCGACGACGUCUUAUAGCGCACCUGAGCCGCAGGCCAUUCCAGGACAACAAUACCAACACCUGCCACGAGCAGGAGAAUACCGUGGUAGCCGAGUGCUCAGCUCGAAGCACAUCUAAUCAGUCAUAUGACAACGACGACUUGGCAGACGACCCCCCAGUAUCAGCGAGUGAAGCUCGUUCCAGAACCAAUUCCACUUGCUCAGUCGAAUCUAGUAUUGCCGACGAAGCCGAGCCCGUCCCAGGUCUUCGAGCCUCGGAGUCAACCGCUGAAGACCAGCCGCCAGUCGGAGAAGAUAGUGCUCGCGCUGUGUCUACGGACCAAGCUCUCGCAGAAACGGGCCCAACCGAGAGGACUGCUGCGACAACUCAACGAGAGUCGAUUGCAGAGGCAGCGAGAAGCUAUGAUCCGGUCUUACCUGCCUCGCAUGGGUUGAUCCUCGGCGGCGAGGGAUCGCCAAUCUGGUCUGGUUUGAACAACACAGUUCAGUCUGCACCAGUGGUUGAGUUCAACUACGGCAUUACCAUACAGUACCCAGUGCACCUCAGGAUACCGUGGACCCCCAGGGGUCACCUUGCUUCCAAAACCCUUUCUGACAUGGAGAAUGAACUCAAGACAGCGCUGGCGGAAGGGUUGACUCGAACGACAGGCAAACAGGACUUCGCUGACCUGAAGGACUUCCGGAUUGAGUCGUGGCGUUUCGAUAUACGUGGUCAUGACGCAAUUUUCGAGUUCGACGUCAAGGGUGGGAUAGAAGAACAGUUCGACCACAUGAAGAGAAAGGCAAAGCAGGAGAUGCGACUAGCGAUCCAGAGGUCACCGGAGUCGAGACCGUCGUUCGACAUCGAGAUUCACAUAGUCACCGGCCGAGAUUCGGGGAUCAGACAGACGGGCGGACGCAGCUUUGAUUGGUAG